CGUGGUUUUUGGUUUUGUUGGAUUUUGUAAAUAGGUUACGAUAUCAUUUAUCGUUAUUUUGUCAAGGAAAUAAACAAAAUGCCGCGUGAAAAAAGCCGUUACCGGGACAGGCGUAGUUCCUCGUAUAGUUCAGAUUCAUCAUAUGAGAAGAAAAAGAAGAGUAAGCACAAAAGACGCUCGAGGUCAAGAGAUCGAUCAGAGUCUAGCAAUCACAAGAGAAAACGAUCAACUUCUCGAACCAGACGUAAAAGGAGAAGCUAUUCCAGAAGUACUUCGAGAGAUCGUUAUGAGAAAUCUAGAAGAAGGUCUUCCCGGUCCCAUUCUAAAAAGGAUCGUUCACUCUCAAGGUCCAGUUCAAGAAGUCGAUCUAAAUAUAGUAAAGCCAGCAAAAGGUCCCACAGGAGGUCCCGCUCUUCCGACAGCCGCUCCAGCUCGUUUGAAAUAGGUAAUAAACAACUGUAUUCUGAAGACUUGAGUGAUGUUUUGACCUCCCUUAUGAAGCUGAAUAUAAGGUCUAAGAAAGGGCCUUUAUUGUCAGCAUAUUUAGCAAAGAAACCACUACCACCAAAGAGAAUUAACCUAGAUGAUACUGAAAUAAUAUUGGAGAAAGCAAUUAAGGCUGCAGAAGCUGCCGGUCUGACUAUGACGAAAAUACCAACUUACACUUACAAAGAAGUGGAAAUUAAAGAAGAUAUGCCCACGAUCCAUGAUAGGAACCUACUAGCAGAACUUAAUAGUGACUCUUUUGCUCCCAAAUCAUUUACUUCAAGUAGGAAUAAAAAAGAAUCAAAGAAUAUUGUAAUUGACUUGAACACACAGACAGUAAAGAUGCCUGAAACAGAAAUAAAACAGAAAGAUGAUUCUAUCAUUGAUUUUAACGAAAUGCCAAGUGAGGAGGAACUCAAGGAGAUGUGGAUUAAAAAAUUAUACCAAUACAGGAAGAGAAUGCUCAAAGGAGACAUAUAAUAAAUGCACAUAAACAAUAAUGCUGUGUUUAUU